AUGAACAAAGGAAUAGAAAUACUAGAAGAGACAAUCUUUAAAACAUCGGCAGAGACACUUCUCCACGAGUUCACUUUGAUAAAGAAGGACUCAUCUAAAGAGCCCACUUCAUUAAUUGCUGUGGACGGCAAUGGGAAUAAAACAAUCCUUUGCACACUUGUUCCGGGCGUUAAUGAAGCUAUUGUGGCAAAUACAAUUCUUCAGCCAGGCGAGAAUUUCAAGCUAUCAACUACAACGCAGAAUGCAAUACACAUUUCUUAUUUAGAAAGUGAAUAUGAAAAAAGUCCUUGCGGGAGUACUUCUUUAGUUACAUUACGAAUUAAAGAAAACGAAAAGGUUUUAGUCACCGGCCCAACUGUGUACACUCUGGUGUCAAUAGCUUCCUGCGACUCUGAAAGACUUUCACUCUGCCUUUUAGUGAAUGGAGAGGAGGUAACUCUGGCAAAUCUUGUGCCAAACCGAAUUGAAACAGCAGAAAUCUCUUUAGAAACCUUUGAAGAUGAGGAGCUACAGCUAUUCAUUGUAGGAAAGGGUGAAGUUGAGCUAAUUGGGUACGUAUCGCCUGAAGAGGAUCAUGAAGAGGUGUCUGAUGAAGAAAAGUGCUACGAAUGUGGGCAUUUCUUUGAAGAAUGCGCCUGCGAUAGUGAGGAAUACACUGAUGCAUCAGAAGAAAGCGAAGAAAUUAACGAUAACGAGUUUCUGUCUGACGAAAAGAUGGAGCAGUUCUUAGGAGUAAGUCCAGCGGCAAAGAAAAAGUCAUCAAAUAAACCGCAGGAAGAAGACCCAGCACCUAAGGAAAAAAACUAUCAAAGGAAGAGAAGAAACUUGCUGAAAGAGAAAGAGACUUAA